AUAAAAUUCGAUGCUGGGACACUUCUUCUUAGUACACACCGGCUGAUUUGGAGAGACCAGAAAAACAAUGAGUGCUGCAUGGCCAUCCCUCUGUCCCAGGUUGUGUUCAUCGAGGAACAGGCGGCUGGAAUUGGGAAGAGUGCCAAAAUCGUGGUUCAUCUGCAUCCGGCUCCUUCUAACAAAGAGCCCGGUCCAUUCCAGAGCAGCAAGAACUCCUACAUCAAACUCUCCUUCAAAGAGCAUGGCCAGAUCGAGUUUUAUAGGCGUUUAUCAGAGGAAAUGACACAGAGAAGGUGGGAGAAUGUGCCAGUUUCCCAGUCAUUACAAACAAAUAAAGGACCCCAGCCAGGAAGAGUAAGAGCUGUAGGGAUUGUAGGUAUCGAAAGGAAACUCGAAGAAAAAAGAAAAGAAACCGACAAAAACAUUUCUGAGGCCUUUGAAGACCUUAGCAAGCUAAUGAUCAAGGCUAAGGAAAUGGUAGAGUUAUCAAAAUCGAUCGCUAAUAAGAUUAAAGAGAAACAAGGUGACGUCACAGAAGAUGAGACCAUCAGGUUCAAGUCCUACUUGCUGAGUAUGGGAAUAGCCAACCCAGUUACCAGGGAGACUUAUGGCUCAGGUACACAGUACCACAUGCAGCUGGCCAAACAGCUGGCUGGAAUAUUGCAGGCACCGUUAGAGGAACGUGGGGGAAUAAUGUCGCUCACAGAGGUGUACUGUUUAGUGAACCGAGCUCGAGGGAUGGAGUUGCUCUCCCCAGAAGAUUUAGUGAACGCAUGCAAGAUGCUGGAGGCGUUAAAAUUGCCUGUCAGGCUUCGGGUUUUUGACAGUGGUGUCAUGGUAAUUGAGCUUCAAACCCACAAAGAAGAAGAGAUGGUGGCCUCAGCCCUGGAGACAGUUUCAGAAAGGGGAUCUUUAACCUCAGAAGAGUUUGCCAAACUUGUGGGGAUGUCUGUCCUUCUAGCUAAAGAAAGGCUGCUUCUCGCCGAGAAGAUGGGCCAUCUUUGCCGAGAUGACUCCGUGGAAGGCUUGCGGUUUUACCCAAAUUUAUUUAUGACACAGAACUAAGAAUUUUGUAUCUGACAGACCUUUUGUCAAUACACUUGGCCUCAUGCCAAGGUCAUAUGACAUUGAGCUAAGCGAUGAACACAAAUAAACCAAGAAUUUGUUAGAACUUCACAAUAUAAUAUAAAACUCUUACUCUUUCCCUAAAAUUAUGGUCUCAGAAGUGUAUUUACAUAUAGGAAAAGACAGAACAAUGAAUGAAUAUGCAUUUAAAGUCAUGCUGUACUUGUAUAGAACUCUUGGGUUUUAACUUGAAAUAUGGUGGAUUUUAAUUUGAUCCUUGAAUUUAGAUCCUCAGGGGGAGAAGAAGUAAAGUUGCAUGUUUGGAUUCAUCAGGUAAUCAUUUUUCUGUGACUAAAUUUCACCAAAUUGUGAAUGUUUUUCUCUGCAUCUGACAUGCCCAUCUUGGGCAUUCAUGAAGGAAGCAAUAGCUACGCUGUAGUUCAAGAACCAAUAGCACUGGAAUAAAAGGUCAGACUGCAGAGAGCCUACCAGGCUCUUCCCCCGGGCUUGGGAAGCAGACCUAGGUGUAUCUCUCCCGAGUCAGAUAAAACUCUUUUAAAAAAGGAUAGGGCUAGGGUCUAGCUUACUUGGCGAGCAUUUGCCUAGAAUGCAGAGGCCUUUGAUUUCAGACCAACCACCCAAAUAAUGAGAGAGAGAGAGAGAGAGAGAGAGAGAGAGAGAGAGAGAGAGAGAAACUGUUAUGCACUUACUCCUCAGUUAGAUUCUUUGUAGUUUUUAAGUGAUAAUUUCAUGACUGGCAUUUUUAAAGACUUCAGCAGUAUGACUUUGUUUAAGAAAUGUGGAUUUGGAAACUGAGUUAAAGAGCUGUACAGACACACCCAGAGCUGUAAUUCCAAGUCUGAGAGCUGGACAGUUCUGGAAGGGCAUUAACUGCAUAGGACCUUGAGUGCUCUUCAUAUGGAAGCCAAGGAUGUGAAACAGGAAAUGGGAAAGCUGGCAGAUCUCCUUUCUCCUCUCACAAGGAGUCUCAGCACUCGACUAGAGACAUUCCUAUCAUAGUCCAGCCGUUUGCACUUCUUUGCGCCCUACAUGUUUUAAGUUGUGUAGAGGAAACAUCAGAGAGAAAGGAAAGUUUUUGAUAGCAAAAACUGGUGUUAUCAUCUCUAGAUUGCUGGAGUUAAGUCGGUUGCCUGACUUCAUAUGGAUAGCACGUUGGCAUUACCUCAGACUCUGGGAGUCCUUUCUGAAGCUUAGCUGGAAGAGGAAGAGGAGUGACAGGGUCGCCUGGGAGGGCACCUUGUGGAUGAGGUGGAGGCCACUGCAGAUGGCUGUGGAGAAGCGCCAGUGUCUGCAGCUGCAAACCAGGGAACUCCACUCCUGAUCCCUUCCUGGGAAGUGACUGCCAUUGCUUCCGUCCUCCAGUAUUAAUGAGGAUGCUGCGGCCAAGGCAGCCUCCUUUAGUGUUGUUUUUCAAAUCUGUCACUUAUUUUCAAGUAUGGUGACAUCUCCCCUAGUCACCUCAUUGUUUAUCUCAGGUUUACUUUAUGGUUAAUUCAGUGUUGGCUACCAAAUCGACUAGGGAUUGUUUAGACCACUGUGUCUGUUAGUAUGUCUCACCUCUAUCUCGACUGCACGUAAUCUGUCAUUUGACUCUGGCAGACUUAUUUACACACACACACACACACACACACACACACACACACAUCCCUUGUCUGACUGAGGGUCUUUAAGUCAGCAGGUUACUGAUCAUCAGCCCUACCACUUGGGUUAGUUGUAAGGUUAUCAGGUUGUAAGAGCUGCUGAAUCCAGCUGUAAUGGUUUGGAUUCAUCACAACAAACACAUGACACAUUUGUUUAUUCAGUGUGACACCCAAUUAACAAAAAUGGAGCAAUCUGAUUUGUGGAAUGUGAAUGAAAGAUGAAAAAUGACAUAAAUAUACUUUGAUUUUUUUUUUUAAAUCACUGUUUCCAGACCUUGGUUUAUCUGUUUGACUUUUUUUCUUGCCAAAUGUGUUGUUCUGGUUCUUUUGUUUCAGGCUGUGUUUAAAUACAAACCAAUCAAACCUAGGUGCAAAAAUGUCUGCUUCGGUGCUCAUCACUGGAAUUUUGUUCUCUCACUUUGUCCUUAGGAGAACGAAUCUCUUUGUGAAUUUAUAAUGGAACAGUUUAGUUACUGUAAAGAAAAAUAAUUUACAUUGUGUAAUCAAAGGCCGUUUCCAGGGUUAGAUGAUCGGUGUUAAUGUAGAUAGAGUCAAAUUAUUGUGAAACUUUAAACUAAUUUUCUUAACUUGGUGUUCUUUUUAAAAUUCUUUGUAAAAUACGUGAAAAUGAUAAAUGUUUAGUCACAAUAAGCCAGUAUGAGAAUUUUUCUAGCUUAUAAAGCAUUGCUUCUGAGUUGUCUUUGAA